AUGGACAGCGGGAGCCGGGCUGCCACGGUCGGGGACGGUGCAGCCAAUUUCACGGCAUCGAACCUGUGGCUGGAUGUGCUGAACGCGUCGGGCCGGUGGGACGGAGGCAGCAUCCCGGCCGCAGAGCCCCAGGGCGCCGGGCUGGACGAGCAGCAGCACCGGAUCAUCCAGGAGCAGAGCUACCGGGACUUCUCCACCGCCAUCCAGGUGUUCAUCCUCCUGGGCUCGCUGCUCGGAAACGCCACCGUGUUGUGGUGCACCAGCUGCACGAGCGUCUUCAAAUCCGUGACCAAUCGCUUCAUCAAGAACCUGGCAUGCUCCGGUAUCUGUGCCGGCCUGGUGUGCGUCCCCUUCGACGUGGCGCUGGGAGCCAGCCCCCGCUGCUGCUGGUGGCUUCACACGCUGCUGCUCUGCAAGGCCGUCAAGUUCCUGCACAGACUCUUCUGCUCGGCCACCGUGCUCAGCUUCACCGCCAUCGCACUCGACAGAUACUACUCUGUGCUGUACCCGUUAGAGAGGAAGAUCUCAGACGCCAGGUCCAGAGAUCUGGUGAUCUACAUCUGGGUCCAUGCGGUGGUGGCCAGCCUGCCGGUGUUUGCAGUGACCAACGUGACGGAUGUGUACGUCACCUCGUCCUGCUCAGAUGACCACGCCCGCUCGCUGGGCCACAUGGUGUACGUGUUGAUCUACAACGUCACCACAGUGAUCCUCCCGCUCGCCCUGGUCUUCCUCUUCAUGCUGCUGAUCCGCCGAGCGCUCAGUGCCAGCCAGAAGAAGAAGGUGAUCAUCGCGGCGCUGCGGACGCCUCAGAACAGCAUCUCCAUCCCGUACGUGUCCCAGCGAGAGUCCGAGCUACACGCCACCCUGCUGGCUGUGGUGCUUGCCUUCUCCGCCUGCAGCGCCCCCUAUGGGGCUUUGGUGGUUUAUCGCACCAUUUUGGCCGACACCAAGGAGCUGCCCAUCUCACUGUAUCUCACGGCCCUGUGGCUCCCCAAGGUGUCUCUGCUGACCAACCCCCUCUUGUUCCUGACAGUGAACCGCUCAGCGCGUCAGAGCUGGAUGGAACUGCUGGCCAGGAUUCACAGACGUUACAGCCGCCGUAACGUGGUCAGCACCGGGGGUCUGGCCUCUUUAGCGGCAGAGGGCGUGAUCGGGGAACCUCAGGGACUUGACACAGCCGGCCGCUCUGGGAGCCAACUUCUGGAGAUGUUCAACAUUGGCCAGCAGCAGAUCUUCAGACCCUCUGAGGAAGAGGAGGAUGUGGGGAAUGAGAUUCCUUCUCAAGGAUCAGGAAACUGCUCUGGGCCACAAGAGGACGUCAAGAGCCGGUCGAGACUAGGGAGCCUCAGAGGGGAGGGGAUCACCAAAAAGGAGCCUAUGCUGGGCACAGUGGGAGGACUGGUCAUCACCAAAGAGGGCUCUCCUGCAAUCAUAGCCCCACGGAGCUCUCCGGUCCACACCUGUGCUUACGCCUCUUCAUCGCAGGUGGCGCCAGCGACGCCAACAGAAGCUGAGGACUCUUCCCAGUUUGGCUUUGGCCCGUUUGAGCUGCCUCCUCAGUGGUUACCUGAGACCAGGAACAGUAAGAAGAGGCUGCUGCCUCCGCUGGGUAACACCCCCGAGGAGCUGAUCCAGACCAAACUGCCCAGACCUCGGCCUGAGCGCAGAAUCAGCAGAAACAAUAAGGUCAGCACCAUCCCCACUGUGGACCAGUGA